AUGGUUCGGGUUCCAGAGAAGGAGUCGUGGAGUUCAAUAUCAACCGAAGGUCGACCUGGCAGGUCGGAAAGGAGACGAAUGCAGAAGGAAGUUCCGCCAACGGUCAAUAUUGGAUUACGGACCAAGAAGAGAGUGGAUGACGUCGACUCUAUCACUGAAUGCAUUGAGGGCGGUGCAAAGAAAACAAUCCCGGUUUUAGCACCGAGGAAGAAGUUCGCAUUCGCAUCUCCAUAG